AUUCCCAGUCCAAUGUUCUCCAUGCUCUUCUGUCAAUCAAAUUCAUCCAAGGUCGUAUGUUCGUUCCACUGCCGGCGAUGCAUCUUGAUCUUGUCAACCACCACCAUCAGACCACCGCGCCACUCGAGCCGCCGUCUUGUCGCCCAUCCAACUCCCGCGCUCCGGAGUGGUGAUCUCCUCAAAAUCCUCACCUGAAACAACAUAAUUAUCAAACCCUACUUACACCACCAUCUUUGACCUUUAGAACCCCGAGCCAGCCAGAAACCAACCGACCGACCGAGCCGGCGACAGACAGAGAAGCAGAUAGUCAGCCUAUUCUUCUCCAACUCCAACAGACCCAAUACCACUCGACCCAAUUCCAUACAAUCCAAUUCGGCCCAACCGAGCAUCUUGACCCAACUCCCCACGAUUCUGUUUGCUGGGCUGGGCCAACUCGUCCAUCGAAUCCAACUUGAAUAAAUGCUCACCUGGACUGAACUCAACUCAGUUCAGCGCCGUCGGCAUAUUGUAUUUCUGUAAUCAUGGUUCUCACGCGCACAACCAACCAUACCUACUCUCACCCCUUCCCGACUGUCACCCUCGCCUUCUUUCUCCGCUACUACUCUCCGCAAUUGAACCCCUUCUCUAGCCAUGUUCUCUCGACCGACACCAUCUCAUCCCACGUCGACCCCACCACUGGUCGCCUCCACACCACACGCAUUCACCUGAAGAAGUCGCGCAUGCCAUCCGCUGUCGUCAAGCUAUUGCCGACUAGCGUCACUGGUGGUGGAGGAGACAAGUCAAGCUAUGUUCUCGAGACCAGUGUGGUGGACAUGAAGGAGGGCUGGAUGAAGACAGAGAGUCGGAACCUGAACUUUACCGGUGUGUUGAGCGUCGUCGAGGAACAGCACUAUUCGACCUCGCCUCCAGACGCUCCUGGCUCGGCUCCUAUCAAUACUACUGCGCUUACUAUUCCUCGGCCUCUCUCUCCGAACACUUAUGUCACAACUACCCUUUCUUAUCGGUCGACGCUCGGUAAUAAGAAGCAAGACCGAGCCCCUGUAGACUCGGUAGAGACUUCGGAUGAGCCUGGGCCACGUCGUCUUGGCACUUGGAUCUCGGGUUGGGGCGCCAGUCGCAUCCAGCGAAGCAUUGAGUCGAUUGCAUCCAACAAAACCGAGGAUCAGAUCUCCAAGUCUCGAGACGGUAUGGGAAUGGUCCUCGAACGCCUACGAAACAACGGGGUUGUUUCUGUGCUGAGAGAGUUGAGGCGCCGAGAGGGAAAGGUCGCAUUCGACCAGUAACUCUUCCCCUGACACGGGGCCUAUCAUAUCUCAUUGUAGUAUACGGUCACUUUUUAUGAACUUCACAGCAAGGCGUUGGGAUCGUCUUUUCAUAUGGGGAACGGAAAACGAUAUCGGAUACGGGACAUGGCAGAUGGACUGCAAUGAGGCAAUUUGGACAUUGCCUUCCAACGACUUCGCGAUCUUCCACCUUGAAGCGAACACGGGGGGUAUAUCGCACCCACGUUCAUUACUCCUCUCAUGUAUGAUAUGUUGUUUGGCUCUUCCGUCCACCUUGUAUCCUGUUCCAAGGGCGAAACACUUUUGUAUAAAUCACGAAUCAAUGACACAUGUUCAUUCGUAUUGAUUGU